AAAUAAAAAAGAUUACAUCAAAUUAUCAAAACCGUGGUAAAAUACGCGCCAGGUUUCAACAACUAUUACAAUCCAAUUCACCUGGUAAACAGUUGAGUUCUUCACACAAAACAAGAAAUCAAAAAUCUCCCAGAAAAUUUCACUCGAAUUGAGUCCUCCUUUCUUUAAGAAUUCGAGAUUCAAUCUUCAAUUGAAAAGAUUUUGCUGUAGAUGGAGACCCAAAAGCCUCAAAUUUAUCACGAGAAGCAAAGAUUGCAAUUUUGCCUCUUACAUGCCCUCAACAAUCUGUUCCAGCUGACGGAGGCGUUUACUAGAGCAAGCUUAAAUGCGAUUGCUGAGAAACUCGUUUUGGAUGAUCCAAGCAAGCAGAGUUGGACACCCUUUUCUAUAGUCUUCAAGCCUCACCACAAUUCUUUCACAGGGAACUAUGACAUUAAUGUCUUAAUUGCUGCCCUUGAGGAGAGAGGUAAGACUGUUGUUUGGCAUGACAGGCGAAAUGGGGCUUCUUCAAUUGAGCUUGAUAACGAUAAUGACUUGUUUGGUAUAAUUCUAAAUGUUCAAGUUAGAAGGUAUGCUGGGUUUUGGAAGAGUAGGCAUUGGGUUGCUUUGAGAAAGAUUGGUGGGGUUUGGUAUAAUUUGGAUAGUGAUCUUAGUGAGCCUAUGGCUUUUCAGGAUGCUGAUGAUUUUAGGGGAUUCUUGGAUUAUAUUAUUAGGCAGGGUGGGGAAAUUUUGCUUGUCAUGAACAAGAAAGAGUUGCAAAUUCCAUCAGAGACACGAACUAUAGUCAUGUCAAGAACGAGUGAUCAAGUGAAUCAAAAAUCAGGUAUGAGCAAGAAAGCCUUCUUCUGGAAUCGAAACUGUAUUAGUAAUAGAGUUGCUGGAAAGAAGAGGCUUGUCAGAUGCAGUGGAUUCAGGCUAAUAGAAAGAUCAGAACUGUCACCUCUCAAGUUUCUCAAGCGUAUCGGCAGUAAUGUGGUAAGAGCUUUAUGUUCAUGCAGGCGACCUUCUCCUCGAGUUUCUUCAUCGAGAAGACAAAGGCCAUCUGUAACUAUGGCUUCCUCUGAUAGUCACAAAAGCGAAGCCAUAGAAGAUUGCAUUGAGUUCAUCAACGCAUCUUCUUCUUUUGCAAGAAAACAAGAGUCUGUACAGGAUCAAUACAAGCCAAGCCAACCUUCAUGAAAGAAAAGAAAACACCAUUAAAGGAUGGGUUUGGUCAUAAUAAGCUUCGAGAGCUGAGUUUCAAUAAAAAGGCACAGCUUUAUCUUCUUCAAACAAUUCACGUCAAAGUAGCAAAGCGCAGGGUAAGAUGGACCAAUGGAGACGGAGGUGUUGGUAACUCACACCGCUUGUGAUAAUUAGGUUUGUGAUAAAAAAAAUACAAGUACCAUCGCCAUGAAUAAACUCAGUAGUUUUCCUUCCAAUUUCUGAAAUCCUUCAAUCUGUAUAUACCUUAUGGAAUUCAAAAUAGUAUAAUUAUAAUAAUCCCACGAUUUUAAACCACCAA